AUGCAAGGACACGUACCACAGCAAUCCUACGGAGGUUACCCGCGGCAAGCGGAUUAUCAAGGGUUGUAUCCUACCCAGGAUGUUAAGCAGGGUUAUGUGUCGUAUCAGGACCCAGCUACUCUCAUGGAGGGCCACAAUGCUCAAUACGGGGGCGGUACCGCUGAGGGUACGUAUUCGAACCAGUACACACAGUUGCAGCAGCAAAUGAAUAAUUACAAUUAUAAUGCCAACCAGACGCCGUGGCAGCAGCAAUACGCACCUCAGCAAGGUAUACAUAACCCUGCCAACACUAAUGACACCAACAUGUUUGCCCCACCAACGGCAGUAGGAGCGGCUGCUGCUUCCCAUGUUGGCGGAGCGGUCGCACCGACGGGUAGUGGCGCAUCCGCUACAACUGCUUCCCACGUACCGCCACCACCACCAGCAGCGGAAUGCACUGAUGAGAAUGGUUUGAGGUGGACUUGGAGCACAUACCCAAACCAUACCCGUGACGGAAAGCAGGAAGCGCCCUCUGCUGCAGCCCUCACACUUCCAGAGAUGGUUAUCCCCCUCGCUUGCAUGUACACUCCUUUGUUUCCCAUCGAUGCAUCUCGUAUGGUUAUUGGCGAUCCCACGGCAUGUGGUCAACAAUGCCAAAACUGUGGGGCGUUCUGGAGCCACCACUGCUAUAGGGAAGAGGGGAAGUUUUGGGUGUGUUUUUCGUGCCAACGCCGUAACCAGCUGCCACCCCACUACAGACCUGAACACCCUGCACUACACAAUGACACUGUGGAGUACAUUUUACCACUAGAGCAACCCACAACAGCUCAGGCAACGAGAGGUGUCGGCUUUUCUCCGACGUUUGUGUUCAUUAUUGACACUUGCAUCGCAGUCGAAGAGCUAGAGGCCCUUAAGUGUAACAUCCAACGCUGCCUCAACUGGCUUCCCCCACAAUCGCUCAUUGGGCUCGUUUCAUUUGGGGCUCGCGUAUCUGUGUGGGAUCUGAGCGGUUCGUCCCUGUCACGAUGUUACAGCAUACGGGGCGAUCGAGCCUAUACCACUGCGGAGCUCGGGAAUAUGUUGCAGCUGAAUGAUGGCCUCCCAGCUCGCGGUCGUUUCCUGGUACCACUGGAGGAGUGUGAAUUUACACUAACAACAAGCAUUGAAGGACUUCAGUGCCACGAUGGAGUGACACCCGUUAAUAAACGUCCUCUGAGAGCAACUGGGACGGCGGUGAGUGCCGCUGUGCGACUGCUUGAAGCCCUGCCCGAAGUCCCUGUAAAGAAGGAGAUGUCGGGCGCUGCGCCAGCUGGUGUGGCACCCGUACGGAAGGCGGGUCGGGUGCUGCUCUUUACUGGAGGUCCUUGUACUCGUGGUCCGGGCACCGUCGUUAGCAUUGAAAAGGAGAGCAUGAUGAGGUUUCAUCGUGAUAUUAUCGAGGGUGAGACACCCUACUACGAAGCUGCCUUCAAAUUCUACAACGAAAUACAACUACGUCUUUUAGAUGUGAACGCAAGCCUUAGCGUAUUUGCCGAGAGUUUUGAUCAAAUAGGCAUACUGGAAAUGCGACAGGCAGUGGACCAAACGGGUGGUACCUUCAUCUGUGGUGACACAUUCGACCACCAAAUGUUCACUAUUUCCCUUCAGCGGUAUUUUGACCUCUGUGACCUUCGCCCCCCAGGCGUCGAAAGCAGUGGUAUUAGCAGUGCUGGUGAUAUUGAUGGUUCUGCCCCCGGUGCUCUAGUGGCUAACAGCGGUUUUGGUGUGAAACUCCAUGUGCACACAUCUGCCGACACACUCGUCUCUGGAGUUUUAGGGCCUUGUGUGGCUGCGGAAAAAACAUCGGGAACGAAAGCCCACCGCGCUUCCAUCUCGCCCAUUGAAAUUGGAGUCGGUGGGACAACAGACUGGCGUGUUAGUACUAUAGACCAGGGAACCACAUACACUGUGGUUUUUGACACAGCGACACUAAAUAAAGUGGAUGGUAUGCCGCAACAGCAGCAAAACCGUUUCAUACAAUUUGUGACGCAUUUCACCACCCCACUCGGCGAAUCCCGUAUCCGCGUGACAAGUGUGGCACUUCCCAUUGCCCCCGUUACAAUAACAGCUGAUGGAGUGAGCACGGCUAACCCGCAGUAUUUUUCUGAAUACGACACAUUCGAUCAGACAUGUGCGGCCACAGUACUCGCCCGCAUGACAGUAAGCAUAUUGGAAAAGCAUCCAAGCAAGUGGAACGAUGCAAAAAGAUGGUUGGACACAGUGCUUGUGCGGUUUGUGCGACGCUACGGUUCGUUCACACCUGGCUCCCCGGAGUCGCUGCGACUUCGUCCGUGCUUCACCUUAUUUCCUUCGUUUGUGUUUAACUUGCGUCGUUCAGAGUACUUCAUGGUCCUUAAUAUAUCACCCGAUGAGUCGACAUUCAAGCGACACUGGCUAAUGCGGGAAUCUGUAGAUAAUUGUGUUUUAAUGAUCCAACCGACGCUGCACUCGUACGAUAUGGAAACACCAACAGCAACAGCGGUUCCACUUGAUAGCUGCAGUCUGCGACCAGACAACAUCCUCUUGAUGGAUGCUUUCUUCAACAUUCAUAUUAUGUGGGGAACUGUUAUAUUUGCUUGGAUACAAGCGAGGUACCAAGAUAACCCCGAAUACGCCCACUUCGCACAGCUGCUUGAAACAGUAGAAAACGAGGCCACCAUGCUGCUUGACAUGCGUUACCCGUAUCCGAGGUUCUCGCGAACAGACGCUAACGGAUCGGAAGCGCGGCACAUCAAAACGAGGAUGAAUCCCACAACAACACACCACAGUGGUGCUCGUGGUGGAAACGGCGUGUCAGAUUUGUCGGACGUUAUAUAUACUGACGAUGCCUCCAUUGUCAAGUUUAUGGAGUCCCUGAAACAAGCUGUUGUUACGCCAGAGUCGAAAAAGUAG